AUGAAACGAGAUGAAAUUUGUGUUCAAGUGGAAGCUUGGAUUGAAGAUAUUCAACAUUAUAUAACUACACAUGCGAGUAGCGGAAAAGUUUUGCCUAAUUAUUUGGCUGGACUUAAAAAACAUUAUGAAACUUUAAAAAUGGAAUUUAAAAAGAUGACAGCUCCUCCAGGUUUGGAAAAUUGUAAAUCGAAACGAUUUGAUAUUGAAAAUGAUGGGGAGCUUAAAUAA